AUGGCAGACAAAGCCUCGUUUCAAGUCAUUGUCUUGGGUCCGACUGGCGGUCCUCGCGAAGACAACGUGACGGGCAUUCUUGUGCGAUCAAUAUCAACAAAAUGGGUGCCAAACUCUGUGGUCGCAGUUGACGCGGGUACAAUGCUCGCUGGCAUCAUUCGACUGUUGGAGCAGUACGGCCCCGACGCGAAGGAUGACGAGGGAAUUUUGCAAGACGGCCCCUUCAAAGGCUUGGAACUACCAUUUGAAACAGCACAAGCUAAUGCGGCGCAUGUCUUUCGGGAAAUAAUCGGUGCCGUCCUCAUCACGCAUCCCCACCUGGACCACAUCUCGGGUCUGGCGAUCAACACGCCGAUCCUGGAGGCGGGAAGUGGGCCGAAACCCGUCGCUGCCUUGCCGUCUGUAUUAUCUGCGAUUAAGAAUCACAUGUUCAACGAUGUUAUCUGGCCAAAUUUAUCUGAUGAAGAUGGUGGUGCCGGUCUUCUCACUUAUCAACGCUUGGUGGAGGGCGGGAAUCCCAGAUUCGGAAGCGGGGAUGGGAGAGGCUACGUUCGCGCCUGCAAUGGGUUGCUGACCAAGUGUUUGAGUAUCAGUCAUGGACGAUGCAGGCAGCGAUUUCAUCCAGAAACUGGGACACAUCACCGUGUUGGAAGUACCGUAUUUGCGGCUGAUCAGCUGAUGCUGCCCUCCCGUGCGAUAUCCGUCGAUAAUACGGAUGGAAGCUUUUAUUCACCUGCCCGUUCCCCGCGUCUUCUUCCUUCUAACCCCAAGGAGUCUAUAAUGGCCACUGUCGAAAGCUCUGCUUUCUUCCUCCGUGAUCACCGGACCGGAAAUGAGAUCAUUGUCUUCGGAGAUGUCGAGCCGGACUCGGUAGCUCAGGAGCCACAAAACAAGCGCGUCUGGGAGACGGCUGCUCCCAAAAUUGCCUCCGGCAUACUACGCGCCAUUUUCAUCGAAUGCUCAUACACCGACGCCGUCAACGACGCAUAUUUAUAUGGCCACAUGUGCCCGCGUCACCUGGUCGCGGAGCUGAAGGUGCUAGCCCAGCAAGUCUUGGAUGUACGUGAAUCAAACCAAACAGACCGAAAACGCAAACGGGAGGACACCGGUGUGGCCGAUGGUAGCAACGACUUGAGCCCGCGAACAAGAAGAACCCAGAGCAUCGCCGGUCUAAGGAAUCGGAGGCCCGAGACUACUUCAGAGCCUCGGACCCGCUCUCACCUGCGUGAUUCCAUCGACAAUAUCUCCGAAGACCCCAUGGGGCUAGGGCCUAUCGAGGGCGUGGACCCUCUUGCUGACUUGGAGACCCCCAAUCCUGUUCAAUGGGCCAACGCCGAUCCGCUUCCGCUGGCUGGUUUGUCUGUGUACAUCAUCCAUAUCAAAGAGAACAUGACCGACGAUCCGCCUAUCGGGGGCCAAAUUCUAAGUGAGCUCCAGGCACACAGCAAGGAGGCUCAUUUGGGCUGUGAAUUCUUCAUGCCGAACCCUUCUGAGGGUAUCUGGAUAUGA